GUGCGCACUCAGGCAGGACAGGAGGGCGCACGGGACAUCAGCACACCGGCCGGGUCAAGGAGCUGCAAGGAUGGAGGUCCGACCAGACAGGUUUAAGGCGGUCGCGGCCAAAACUCUGGGGAAAAUACACAGGUUAAUUGAGAAGCCGCAACCCAAUGGAGAAACCAUCGAAUUGUCAGCAGAAGGCCGUCCUCAGCUGGUGGAGGAGAAGGAGCUGCCGGUGGUGGACUGUACCUGCUUUGGUUUGCCCAGGCGCUACAUCAUCGCCAUCCUGUCUGGCCUGGGAUUCUGCAUCUCAUUCGGCAUCAGGUGCAAUCUCGGUGUGGCCAUUGUAAGCAUGGUGAACGACCACACUGUGUACAAAGGCAACAAGGAAGUACUCGUGGCUGCACAGUUCACCUGGGACCCCGAGACAGUGGGGAUGAUUCAUGGCUCCUUCUUCUGGGGCUACAUCGUCACACAAAUCCCGGGUGGCUUUAUAUGUCAAAAAUUUGCAGCCAACAGAGUGUUUGGCUUUGCCAUAGUGGCCACAUCCACCCUCAACAUGUUGAUUCCAUCUGCCGCUCGCUGCCAUUACAGCUGCGUCAUUCUAGUCAGGAUAUGUCAAGGACUUGUUGAGGGUGUAUCAUACCCAGCCUGCCACGGCAUCUGGGCAAAGUGGGCUCCUCCUCUGGAGAGAAGUCGAUUAGCCACAACGGCCUUUUGUGGAUCCUAUGCAGGAGCAGUGGUCGCUAUGCCUUUAGCUGGGGUACUGGUUCAGUACACUGGGUGGCCUUCAGUAUUCUAUGUCUAUGGCAGCUUUGGGAUAUUCUGGUAUUUGUUCUGGAUUCUGGUGUCAUAUGAAAGUCCUGCAGCUCAUCCCACCAUCUCACCAGAAGAGAGGAAGUACAUUGAAGAUGCCAUUGGAGAGUCUGCAACAUUUCUAAACCCUCUUCAUAAAUUUAAAACUCCAUGGAAACACUUCUUCACCUCCAUGCCAGUCUACGCCAUCAUUGUGGCCAACUUCUGCAGGAGCUGGACUUUCUACCUGCUGCUCAUCAGCCAACCAGCAUACUUUGAGGAAGUCUUCGGCUUUGAGAUCAGCAAGGUGGGCCUUGUGUCAGCUUUGCCUCAUCUGGUGAUGACAAUCAUUGUGCCCCUUGGAGGCCAGUUGGCAGACUACCUGAGAAGUCACAACCUGAUGUCCACCACCAAUGUCAGGAAGCUCAUGAACUGUGGAGGUUUUGGAAUGGAGGCCACCCUCCUGCUGGUGGUGGGGUACUCUCACACUAAGGGUAUUGCCAUUUCCUUCUUGGUCCUCGCUGUGGGUUUCAGUGGAUUUGCAAUCUCAGGGUUUAAUGUGAAUCACUUGGAUAUUGCUCCUCGAUAUGCCAGCAUACUGAUGGGCAUCUCGAAUGGGGUGGGAACUUUAUCUGGGAUGGUAUGUCCUCUCAUAGUGGGAGCGAUGACGAAACACAAGACACGUGAAGAGUGGCAGGGUGUCUUCCUUAUAGCUUCUCUUGUUCAUUAUGGAGGAGUGAUUUUCUACGGAAUCUUUGCAUCAGGAGAAAAGCAGCCAUGGGCAGAUAUAGAAGACACCAGUGAGGAGAAGUGCGGUAUCAUCGAUGAGGAUGAACUGGCUAAUGAAACAGAGGAGAUGUACCGCAGAGGCGGGCAGUAUGGGGCCAUGAGCCAACAAGUGGUUGGUUCAAACGGAGGAGGAGGAGGAGGUGGAGGAGGAGGAGCCGGGGCUGGAUGGGUGACGGACUGGGAUAAGUCUGAGGAGUAUGUGCAACCACCUGGAUACAAUUCUUACAUGUAUGGGGGAGAACAGGAGAAGGAGCUGACAUAGAGGACUGACAGGAUACAAUUAGAAAAAAAAUUAAAACAAGAUAAAGUAAAGAGGAAGAUUGAUAUUGGAAAGGGAUUGUAAAAGAGAGUCACUGCAAAACUGAAUGGAACUGCUUUGUGCUUUUGUACAAUAUUUACAAUCGCACAUAUCAAAUUUGUGCAUCUGAGUCAUUCCAUUGUAUGUUUGUGUGAUGUUGCUUGCGUGUGUGCGUGUGUGUGUAGGCAUGUGCAUGUGAGUGGUUAAUGUUCAUCGACACAUUCAGUAUUCAUCUGCAAAAACUGAACUCAUCUCCCAGACAUCUUGCCUGAUUCUGAGCUUGUUCUGAUUGGUUGGACAUUUGUUUCCACGACAACAAUGAGAAGAUACUGUGUGUUCUGUUUGUGUGUGUGGUUGGCUUUCUGCCUGUACAGCAACUCUGUUGUUUUUAAUUUUUUAUUUGUUUGCCACACAUUUACUUUUUUGCUUGGAAAGCACCCUUGGGACCUCAGUUUUAGAAUCUAACUUCACAAUUUGCAUCAUAGUUCAAAAUAUUCAAUGCAAGCGCCCACAGUUAUUUUUCUCUGGUUCUAUUAUUCUUACAGCUCUCAUAUAUAAUAGAAAUCACACUGCUCAAAUGAUAAAACCACUAAAUAAAUAACAUGUUUCAUCAGAGUUCAGCCUGUCAUGGAGAAUCUUUUCUAAACACCUAUGAUGAUGCAUCCAGUUACUUUUACUCCUCCACAUCACUGCAGUGGAGAAUGUAUUUUGUUUCCAGCGAAUGAUUGCAUCUGAGAAUCAAACAGGUUCUAACUGCUGAGAAUUUGCCAUGUUCUAAACCUUCUGUCAUUAGUUUCAGAGAGUAAAAAGGUGCUUAGGUCUUAUAGCCUGAUGGUCUGUGUAAGUGUGUGUCACGCUUUUGUUCUAACAGGCUUCCUUUGAUGUUUGUGCAUAUGAAUGUGCAGCGCUGCGUGCUUUAGCUUGUGUACAAAGUGGUGUCUAGCUGAAUCUCACCUGAGUCUGACCUAACUAGGUCAUGUCCAGUUAGGCUUCUGGGUCACAAAGCACAUAUCAUGAGUAAUCAUCUGGCAAGAAUGACAAGCGGAGUGUGAUAGGUGCUUAACUGAUCCAUUGUUCAACCAGUGUGGAACAAUAGCUAUAAAAUUCCCAGGCAUCAUAGCAUGUACUGCCUCUGAUUGUGUUUCCUUUUUUGUGUCUGUGUGGCUGCUUUUCCCCAUGUCUUCCUUCCUGUGCUCAACAGGAAGUUCAUCAUCUUCUCUUUCUUACUAUUCAGUCUUUGUUGGUGCUGUUUUAAUGUCUUUAGUAACUAUGUCAGUCAUGUCUACGUUGGUGGGUCAGAGCUUUACAACCUGUGUGUAUGUGUGGUAGUGAGUAUGUUGUUGUGAUGGGUGCAGGUGCUGAAACAUUGUGCAGUGAGCAUGUUUUAAUGAGCACAGCAGCGUAGUACCCCGCUAUCCCUCUCAUCCUUUUACUCACAAACACACACAGGGUGCUAAUUUCAUGCAAGCACAGUCAAGUGCACCAUGCACAGUGUGUAGAGAGAGUGGUGGCACACUAUUUGGUAUUUAUGUGGCUGUAGGUGAGCAGCACACCCAUAGAGCGCAUGGAAACAAAGUUGGAUUAAGCAGAAUUUGUUAUGAUAUAUUACCAGUGGGUGGGUUAAGGUUUGGUAACGAUCAUGGCCAAUCACAUCAGCUCCUGUCAAGCAGCACCAUUGCCAGCUUGGCGCACUGACAGCUGGGUAAUGGAAAGUGGAGAGUCCCAAGGAACUUCUUGUAAGACGACGCUUGCAUUCCAUUUACAGGUCAUAUUGUAUUAUGCAAGCUGCACAUAGAGCCCACAAACUCUGAUAUGAAACAGCAUACGCUUGCACAUGCACAUGCAUACAAACAUGCAAGCAGUUGUGCAUUCUCUGUGCACUCCCAGGUCGUGCGCACAGCAGUUUACUUUGAAAUGAAAUGUUUAUUUGCAGUUGGCUCUUUAAGGAAAAUGGACUAUUGGAAUGUUACAAAGGCUGAAACUUUUAUGGUUAAUGUGUUUGUUGAUAAAACAUGUUCGAAAGGUGAAUGCGGGAAAUUGCCAUUUUGUUUUAGGCAAAAUGUCUUAAAGACAUGAAUGAUAAUACCUGUGAACAAUUUAAUUUUUAAGUGUUGUAUCGGUGUAUUUUUAAUCAAGUUUCUUCUUUGUCUCAUUUUAUGGCUAUUCCAAUGUUGUCUUCCUCCUCCAUGAUGAAAUGUAUGGUGACCUGGUGGGAGUCAGUGUAAAAAUAAAAAAGGAAAUGAUAUUAUUCAAAGAUGCAAAAAUGUGGUAAAUAUUCUAUGUAUAAAAGAUGUAUAUGUGCGAUAUCCUUGUGUAUAAUAAAAUUUAAGCAAUUUAAGAUGA